AUGAACAAGGAGUGCUCUUCGUCGCGGGUCGCUAGCAUCCUCCAGUCCGAGAGCUGCGAGCUUCUUAAAAUACUUAACAACGCCGUUUACAACGGAUCCACCACGGCCAUGGCUAACCCCCUGAUCGCAUUCACUCUGAUCAAGCGCUUACAGUCUGAGGGGGCCAACCUGGUCUACAGCAACGAAGCCUCCGAGAACACACAAGCCCUGAGGUCCGGUUUCAAGGCGCUGGAGGCCAGCCUGCCCAAGAUGGAGGACCUGCAGGGUGCUGCUAAGGCCCUGAUGCGGCUCCAGGAUGUUUACGCUCUCCAGGUGGGGAGCCUGACCCGGGGUCGCUUCCAGAGAGCUGCACGGGGCGACCCCGUGGACAUCUAUCGGCCCGCAGCACCAGCCUUCACCGUCCACUGUCCCUGA